UCGUUUGAUAUUAAAACAAUGGCUCGUUUGGUGUUGUUAUAUUUUCUAAUAGGCUACGUUUUCUUAUUGGUAAAUUGCGCUGAUAAAUACACAACUAAAUACGACGGUAUCAAUGUGAAUGAUAUCAUUAAUAAUCGAAGGUUAUUAUUGGGUUAUUGUCGAUGUCUUUUGGGUAAAUCUGCUUGUAGCCCGGACGGUGCUGAAUUGAAAAAAAAUCUUCGAGAUGCGAUCGAAACGAAAUGCAGCCGUUGCAGUGAUAAGCAAAAAGAGGGUGCUAAAAUCAUUUUGAGACAUUUAAUCGAUCACGAAAGAGAUGAAUGUUGGGAUCCGAUUGAAAAGGAAUACGAUCCAACUGGAAAAUACGCUCGUGAAUACAUGGAAGAGAUAUCUAAGGAGAAUUAAUUUUAAUUAUAUAUUUAUUCAACUGAUAAAGAUUUAUUUUUUAUAUUAUAAUUUGUGCAAAUAAAU